GUUGUGUACUGUAGAGACACUGAGUUGUUUUGAAAAAUACACUGAAGUUGUCUUUCAAGAUACGUUCUUGUAGCAUAUUUUAGCCUUACCUGUUCUGUAUGUGCUGUAAUCCAGUAGUAGUUGUGUUUCGUGAACAUAACCUGUAGGCUUCAUUUCCGUCACUUUUGUGAUCGUUGUUGGAGCGCUCUUGUAACAAUGACGUCAUACUUGUCAAAAAAAGAUGUAGAAGAAAUGAAACCUUAUGUAGACAAAGCAGUCCAAAAGUUUUUGGGCUUUAGUGAACCAUCAGUAGUGACUGCAGCUCUUAACUGUCUAGCAUCUGGAUAUGACAAGAGAAAAACCUCAAAUAAGUUGGCUUCACUCCUCGAUGAAAAGAAAGCAGCAAAAUUUGCGGAAAAGCUGUUUGAUUUGGCUGAAGACAUAAAAUCUGCGCAACGAAAUAGCAGGAAACGCCAUCAUGAAAAUGAUACAAGGCAAGAAGAUAGUUCCAAAAAGGCAAAAACCAAAUUCACUGAGGCUGAGGCUCCAACAAUUCCAGCAGCUGCUCAGCCAAGCCCUGGACAGCUUACAGCCAUUCAGAUCAAAGAAAUGAUGGCUAAUGCUCAAAAGAUGAUUGAAGAGAGAAAACGUGCAUUAAAUGCACUUAGAGUUGAUGAAAUUCCUCCAAUGCGCUCUAUGUAUGGACGAGAUGAUACACAAUCGAUGAGAAGUUCAGCAUUUUCUACAGCUCCACCUAGCCUGUCGUCUGGAAUGAAUCGUGGUGAUCCUGAUAAAGCUAGAAAGAUUGCACAGUUGCAGGCUCAAAUCCAGUCCAAGUUAUCGUCAGGAGUUCUGCCAAGCCUUCCACCUCUGAGACCGGCUGUUCAGGACAAACCAACACCACUCAUUCUGGACGAAGAGGGCAGAACAGUUGAUGUUACUGGCAAGGAAGUUCAACUGACACACCUGGUUCCAACCCUUAAGGCAAAUAUCAGAGCUAAAAAACGUGAGGAAUUCAGGCAACAGCUACAAGACAGAGUUGUAGAAGACCUCUCUGAAACACAGUUCUUUGACCCCCGUAUUGGCGCAAAACCUGCUGUUCGUGGCAAGCGUGCUUUACGUUUCCACGAGCCAGGAAAAUUUCAACAGCUGGCCGACAGAAUGAGGAUGAAGGCACAACUCGAGAGACUUCAGAAUGAGAUUGCACAAAUUGCAAAAAAGACAGGAAUUACUUCAGCUACAAAACUCGCUCUAAUUGCACCCAAGACAGAGCACCAGGAAGAUGAAGUACCUAAUGUGGAAUGGUGGGAUGCAGUGAUUUUGAAAGAUGAAAGGUUUACAGUAAAAGAUGGAAAAUUUGAACUAAAGGAUAUGGCUAUCAGUCACCUGGUGGAACACCCAACACAGAUGCGACCUCCAACGGAUCCUUUAAAACCCGUGUACAUGCCUGUGUUCCUUACAAAAAAAGAAAGGAAAAAGCUUCGUAGACAAAACAGAAGAGAAGCGUGGAAGGAAGAGCAGGAGAAGAUCAGAUUGGGCUUGGAGCCACCACCUGAACCAAAGCUGAGAAUAUCAAAUCUCAUGCGUGUAUUGGGAACAGAAGCAGUUCAGGACCCCACAAAAAUUGAAGCUCAUGUCCGAGAACAAAUGGCAAAAAGACAGAAAGCUCACCAAGAAGCUAAUGCUGCCAGACAGUUAACAGCAGAACAAAAAAGAGAAAAGAAAGUACGGAAACUGAAGGAAGACACAACUCUUGGUGUAUUUGUUUCAGUGUAUAGGGUAAAUGAAUUAUCAAAUCCUGCAAAGAAAUAUAAAGUUGAAACAAAUGCAAAACAGUUAUUUAUGACAGGUUGUGUAGUCCUUUUUAAAGACUGUAAUGUUGUAGUUGUGGAAGGUGGUGCUAAACAACAGAAGAAAUACAAGAGAUUGAUGUUGAAUAGGAUAAAGUGGGAAGAAGAUACUGUGAAAGAUAGUGAAGGAAACGAGCACCCAAACAAAUGUGUGUUAGUGUGGGAGGGAACAGUAAAACAGAGAAAUUUUGGGGAAAUGAAAUUCAAAGUUUGUCCUAGUGAAAAACUUGCACGGGAACAUUUUAAAAAACAUUCUGUAGAACAUUACUGGGAUCUAGCAUACAGUGGUGCUGUCCUAGAAGCAACAGACGAUGUCUAGUCAUGAGUUCUCCAGACAUGUGGAGAACAUAUUUCACAUACGUAGUUGUUACAAACUACUCUAAUAGUGAAAGCAAAUAAAUUAUUGACUAUUCAUAAAUUCAUGUGUUUUAUCAAAGUGGCUCAGAUUAUUAUUGAAAGCAGUGAAACAGUUUACUGUUCUGUUCAUAAGAUUUUUGUAUUUGUUGAGUAUAUGUACAUACAAAAUGUAUACUAAAGAAUAAAUUGUCAACAUCGCCAAUGUUAUUGGCAUUGUCAGCAUGA